ACUUGCCGGUCCCCCAAACAGAAGGAGUCAGUCUCGGUUCUGCGUUUGAAGAGCAUUCGUUGUUGUGUUAUUUCUCCUCUUUCUCCUCACCACAAUGGCCACGAGCAGGUUUGCCGAUAUCCAGCAGGCGCCUCCUAUUGAGGUGUUCCAUGUGAUGAAGGCUUUUGCUGACAGCACUCACGAGAAGAAGGUUAACUUGAGCGUUGGAGCAUACCGGACGGACGAGGCUAAGCCAUGGGUUCUGCCUGUGGUGAGGAAGGUCGAGGCAGAACUCGCUGCAGACAUGACUCUCAACCACGAGUACCUGCCGAUCCUUGGUCUGGAGUCCUUUAGCACCGCUGCUGCCAAGAUGCUUCUCGGAACAACUCAUCCAGCUAUCACAGAAGGCAGGAUGACCUCGGUGCAGGUGCUCUCAGGCACUGGAGGACUGCGUAUUGCUGCUGAGUUCCUCCACAGAAUACUCAAGUACAAUACCUUCUAUUUCUCAACACCAACCUGGGGCAACCACCGCUUGAUCUUUACCCAAGCCGGCUUUACUGAUGUCAAGCAGUACCGUUAUUGGGAUGGAAAAACCAAGGGCCUUGACUUCGAUGGGAUGAUUGAGGACCUCCAAAAUGCCCCUGAGAACUCUGUAGUGAUCCUCCAUGCCUGUGCUCACAAUCCUACAGGAGUGGAUCCCACACAGGACCAGUGGAAGAAGAUUGCUGAUGUCAUGGAGGAGAGGAAGCUGUUCCCCUUGUUUGACUCUGCUUACCAAGGAUUUGCUUCUGGAGACCUUGACAAAGAUGCAUGGGCUGUCCGUCUCUUUGCUGAACGUGGAUUCGAGAUGAUCGCUACUCAAUCCUUCUCUAAGAACUUUGGCCUGUACAAUGAACGUGUUGGCAACCUGAUGAUUAUCGUGAAGGAUCCCUCUGUGAUUAUCCCCAUGAGAUCUCAGAUCACACUGCUUGUCCGAGGCUCAUACUCUAAUCCUCCAAGCCACGGUGCAAGGAUUGUUUCCAGAGUUCUCAAUGACGAUGCCCUGUUUGGGGAAUGGAAGGACAGUAUCAAGAUCAUGAGUGGCCGAAUUAUUGAAAUGCGAAAGGGGCUGCAGGAACGUUUGGAGAAGUUGGGAACACCAGGAACCUGGAACCACAUCACUGCUCAGAUUGGCAUGUUCUCAUUCACAGGCCUUUCAGCUGAGCAAUCUAAGUACCUAGCAGAGAAGUACCACAUUUAUUUACUGUCCAGUGGCAGAAUUAACAUGUGUGGUUUGACAACAGGCAACAUUGAUUAUGUUGCAGAAGCAAUGAAUGAUGCAGUCUGCAAUGUUAAGGCUUAAGAACCCGAGAUGAGAGAAAUUAAAAACAGAUGCUUGUGAGAAAUCAGGGAAGACCUUCAUGCUUAACAAGUGCAGUAUUUGAUACAGGGAAGACUAAUCAUUGCAUACCAUUUUGCAGUGAAAAGUAGGAUUUCCUCAGUUGAUAGCUUUGUAAAGAAAUGAAAAGAAGCAGUAGCGAUACGUUUUGGCAAGGAGGGCUCAAAAGCUUGUAGCCUGUUUUCUUUGGUAUAUCAUGGACUGGAUUCUAAAAUAUCACCAAAGUAUUGAUAUUCAGACCUGAGAUUGGUAUGAAUAUCAAAUACUUUUUUGGAUCCAGCUGCUCAGAAAUUUAGACUAAACAUAGUCGGUAUUGAUAUUAUAUUGUAAUAUUUAAAUUUGUUGGUUAAUUGUGUCUGUGAUAGUGGAAACUGUUAGAAUUGUUAAUGCUGAUUUUGUUAAGUUCAUAUGAUACAUACUUUACAGGUAUGACUUGAUAAGCAUUUGUUAAAACUCCUUACCAUGAGUUGUACAUUAGUUUUACUUGAGAUAUUGUGCAACCAGUAGUAGAUGCACUAUAUUGAUUUUCAUUUAGCAUAUUGAAGUGGCAUUAGAGAAGCCUCUCGCAGUAAAUCCUAGUAGAGUGUAUAAAUCUGUCAAUGAUAUUUUCUGAACAUGUAGGUUUGGAAACCACUUUCAAAAGAGCAAAUUAUGUGAUCAUUAAUACCAUCUGAGUUGAGUAGUUUCACCAACAAAUUUCUAGCAGCACUGUCACUUCCUCAAAUUGGUUAUUUGUGCUACACCGUAAUCCUUGCAGCAACUUACU